UCCCUUUUUGUACAAAUUACACAUAUACAGACACAUAGAAAGAGAAAGAGAAAGAGAGACAGAUCUCUCUCAAGGCGUUUAAUUGCAGAGAUCUUUUGGGUUUCUCGAUAUAAGAGAGAGAGAGAGAGAAGUGAAGAUCGAAAGAGCCAUCCCUGCCUCUCUCUGAAUAUCUCCUUUUAUCUGAAUCCAUCCCUUUAGUUUGUCUCUUAGCCUUAUUUUCGUUUGAUCCCAUGCCCCUCAACCAAAAUUCGUUUGUCUUCUGUGCCACCUUCAGAUUCAUCAGAACAAACAAAACUUGUUUUUUCCCCAUCUUUCUCUCCCUUUGAGAAAAGCGAAAGGGAUCCAUUCUCUGUAGAUAUAUAUAUUCCUCAGGUGUAGCCAUCACUGUAAACAUGGGUACUGGUUGGAGGAGAGCCUUCUGCACCCGCGACCCAGCUUCUACCAUAUCGGAUAAACAGCCCGGAAGCCCAAGCCCAAGCCCCAGCCCGAGAAGCUGUGCCCGCUUGGGUUUUCUCUCCGGAGGGAGCAACCCUUCCACCCCACGCUUGCGGUGCACAACUACACCAGAAUCUGCUUCUCAAACAGUUACUGUAAACGAAAGCCCCAGAGUUCAAAGCAAGAACACCUCCAGAACAACCAAGUCUCCCAAAACGCUUGCUGUCUCAAAUCCAUCUUCACCGCGUUCUCCUCUCAAGCUCUCCCUCUUCAAGAACAGUUUCAAAUUCAGGAGUAGCUGUGGAAUUUGCUUGAACAGCGUGAAGACGGGACAGGGUACGGCUAUUUACACUGCGGAAUGUGGUCACGCGUUUCAUUUCCCGUGUAUCGCAGCGCAUGUGCGCAAACAUGGUAGCCUGGUGUGCCCCGUCUGCAACGCCACGUGGAAGGACGUCCCACUACUCGCGGCGCACAAGAACCUCGCUGCGCAAUCCGCCACGAAAAAUGACGUCGCUCAGAGGACCACCGAAAACACCAAUGCCAACGUCAAAAAGCCAACAGAAAACACAUCCCCCGUUUUCAAGACCUACAGCCAGGUGGAGACCCCACCCAAACAUACAGAUUCGGUUCGGUCCUACGACGACGACGAGCCACUCCUCUCUCCCACCUCGGGCGGAAGGAUCAUUCCUAUUCCCGAAGCCGACGAGAAUGUCGAAGAAGACGACGAAGAAGAAGACGCCGGGGAGUUCCAGGGCUUUUUCGUCAACACCAAGAACUCGUCCUCCUCCAAAUCAUACUCCGAUUCCUUCCAAACAACUGACGGAGAUUCCAGAACGGUUCAGGUGAAACUCAUGCCGGAGUGCGCCGUUAUCUCGGCUUCCCGAACGCACGAGACCUACGCGUUGGUGUUGAAAGUCAAGGCUCCGCCUCCACCAUCUCCACCGCGGAGCAGCACGGCGCCAUCGCAACGUGCGCCGAUAGAUCUCGUCACUGUGCUGGACGUUGGUGGAAACAUGACCGGAGCGAAGCUGCACAUGCUAAAGCGCGCGAUGCGUUUGGUUGUCUCAUCGCUUGGCCCCGCCGACAGGCUCUCAAUCGUCGCUUUCUCAGCCACUUCGAAACGGCUAUUGCCUCUGCGCAGAAUGACGGCCCAAGGACAGCGCGUGGCUCGACGCAUAGUUGACCGGCUCGUGGUAGGUCAAGGCUCGAGCGUAGGCGAGGCGUUGAGGAAGGCGACGAGAGUGUUAGAGGAUCGCAGAGAGAGAAACCCGGUGGCGAGCGUGAUGCUGUUAUCGGACGGUCAAGAAGAGAGGGUUCAGAAUCAGAGGGGUAACAGUAGUGGUCAGAGGAAGGCUUCGAGUCACGUGUCGUCGACGCGGUUCGCGCAUAUCGAGAUUCCGGUUCACGCUUUCGGGUUCGGGGCGAAAAGCGGUUUCAGCCAGGAACCGGGGGAGGAGGCGUUCGCGAAGUGCGUGGGUGGGCUUCUGAGCGUGGUGGUGCAGGAUUUGAGGAUUCAAGUGGGCUUUGAGUCAGAGGCGGUGGAGAUGAGCGCGAUUUACUCGUGCAGUGGAAGGCCCAGUCUGCUGAGCUCAGGGGCGGUGCGGCUGGGCGACUUGUACGCGGAGGAAGAGAGGGAGCUGUUGGUGGAGUUGAGAGUUCCCGCGUCGUCAGGACAUGGGACCCACCACGUGAUGGCUGUACGGUGCCUCUAUAAGGACCCUGCUAGCCAGGAGAUCGUAUACGGUAGGGAGCAGGGUCUUCUGGUGCCGCCGCCUCAGAGCCUGCGUUGUUCCGGUACUAGGAUCCAGAGGCUCAGGAAUCUCUUCAUAACUACCCGAGCCAUUGCAGAGUCCAGGAGGCUUCUUGAGCAUAACGCUGACUUCACCAGCGCGCAUCAUUUGCUUGCCUCAGCGCGUGCACUUCUCAUGCACUCCAACGCCGCUUCGGCGGAUGACUACAUGCGCGCCUUGGAGGCUGAGCUGGCAGAGCUUCAUUGGCGAAGACAGCACGAGCAGGUUCAGGUUCAGGUUCAGCAACAGCAGCAAAGUGUGCAACAGCGGAGAAGAGGGAGUGAGAGAGAGGUGACUUUGGUGGACGAGAAUGGCGAGCCGCUUACACCGACGUCGGCUUGGAGAGCCGCCGAGAAGCUGGCUAAGGUGGCGAUGAUGAAGAAGUCUUUGAACAGAGUCAGCGACUUGCACGGCUUCGAAAACGCUAGGUUUUAAUUUUAUUUAUUAAAUUAUGUUUUGUUUUUAUUGUUUUAAAAUGUGGAGGCAUAUGAGAGAGAGAAAAAGGGAUGGGGCAUGGUAGUAGAAUGGAAUGGGGACAAGGUGGUAGCAGACGGCGCGGCCCUUUCUGCAUUGGAAGAUGACCAGAGAGAAAAGGGCAUGGCCCACCCUAAAAUGGGAGAAAUUCAUUGGAUGCAUCCUCCGUCAUGUCUUUCUGUCUUGUGCCUUUUACAUACACUCUUGUUUUCCCAUUUUAAUCAUUUGCUUUUCAACCACACAACACAACCCAACCCAGAACAAAUCUAAACUCCGCCGCUGCCAUCUUCAGAUUGGUAGUUUAUGAUAUGAAAGGGUAGUAGUAAGAGUAGUAGUAGUAGACACUAGAAAGUUGUAAAUGCCAUUCUACUAGUAAUCUAUAAAGUCUCUCUCUUUAUGCUUGCCUUUUCGGAA